UGUGGGCUAUCACUACAAAAAAGAGGUACAUAUUGAGACGGAAUUAUUGUGACGGUCUAACAAAGAGUCGCAAGGAAAUUGGGGCGCGAAUAUUAAUUUGUAAAUUGCGACGCUUUAGAGAGCCGCAAAAUAUUUCGACGUUCUAAAGCGUCGCUAUUUACAAAAAAAAAGACACGUGUGUUGCACGUGUUUGUGAGGCAGCAAUGCAACUGAAUUUUUGGGCAAAAAAUCCCGCCUAACUCUCUGUUUUUUUCGCAGAAUCCCGCCUAACUCUCAACCCACCUCCCACGUUUCUCUCAACCUCCUCCCACCGACAUACCUUGCUGAAACUAACCACCCUCGUCAGAUUUCCGAUGAAUUCGUAUCUCUCCUCCUCACCUUCAGCACCGGCCAUUAACGAAUUCCAUGAAUUCCGUCUUCAACCUUUACGUUAGCAAAGUCAAAUCUCCCAGUAUAAGCUAUCUCACUCCUCAUCCUAUAAAUUCAUGAAAAAGCCCAAUUAUUGAAUUCACAAUUCGCUCAACAAAUUCAAGAUAAAUUCGUUGCUCUCUCUGGUUUUUAAUUGGAGAAAUUCAAGCAUACUCUGGUUUCUUAAUUGCUGCUUCAUCCUCGGUGUUGCCGGAUAUAUUCGCCAGUUUUCAAUUGCAGAUAGUUGGUAAUUUGGACGAUAGUUGGAAAGUGGUGAACGUCUGACUUCUUCUUCCGUGUUGUUACUACUGUAGGUUUCGCCGACCACACCGGUUCAAGGUUUCCUGUGAUUCUUUAGCGUUGUUCGUAGGUUCGUGCAUCAGUUCGUGCGUUGCUACACCGGUUCAAGGUUUCCUGCAAGUCUUUAGCGUUGUUCGUAGGUUCUGCAUCGGUUCGUACGUUGCAUAUGCUCUUUGAUACUAGAGGCUCAGGAUAUUACUGAUUUAGGCUCUCUGAAUCAAGCAGCAAAGAUCUUUAUUCUAGGAACUAAAAUAUGAGUUACAAGACUAAAAGAACAUUGGUAGCUAUUGACGAAGGGUCGAGCAUUGCUGCAUCCAAGUCCCCAAAAUCUUCUGAUCCAUCCACCCAAAACUGGGGACCGUUCAGUCCUCCAACACUUGGAGUGUCACAGACAUUUGGGACGGUAUCACAACCCAUUAAGCAACCAGUAGCUGCUAAAAAAACCAUGGUUGCACCACAAUCAUCCUUGCCUCGGCCUACUUCCAUGGUUUCAAAGCCACAACUGAAGGCAUUAUCAAAACCAUCCUUUACCCAGACAAAACCAUCCUCUAACCCAUUACAACAACCAAUUCCGCCCACUCUUACAGGAACAACACAAAGUAGAUGGUAUAAAGGACCUACGUUUCCCAAUCUGACUGAAAUUGCAACACAAAAAGCGUCAACACCGAAUCCACACCAGCCUACUAUGCAGCCUGUGUUGCAGCCUUUCAAAGCUACCUUGCAGCCUUCUUUGCAGCCUUUCAAAGCUUCCCAACAGCCUCAAACAGCUACCAAUCAGCCUCAAAAAACUACCCAUCAGCUUCACAAAGCUACACAACAGCCUCAAAAAGCUACACAACAGCCGGUAUCUUCUUUUACAAGUGUCAAACCACAUUUAGAGAAAAGAGCAUUUGUUGCACCUUUGGGAGCAACAAAACAUGUGAUGUCACAAUCUCCUACACCACCAGACACCAUGGCAAUGAAAAAGAGAACCGGGAAGCAAGAAGGUCAGUUGCCUCCAACAUACAUGCAUGUGAGUGAGAAUGCAUUUCAACCUCUGCGAUCUCCUCCAUCCAAUCAGGUUGAGAGUGAAGUUAUGCCAAACUACAACUGGGACGAAUUUGAAGAAUCGGCUUCUGAGAGUGAAAAUGAAUUUGAUCAAGGAGAAGGAAGUGAUACUGCUGUGAAGAAAGCAACACUUCGACAUCGAAUCAUUAUUCCAAAUUGGCCAGAAUCGAGGGAGUUUGAUGAGAAGGUGGAGGCUAUAGCUAUAGAUGCUGAUGGAAUACGACAUCUGGUAAAGGGACCAGUUCUGCCUCGAGACGUUUGGCAUGAUGCAAAGGGGUUCAGAUACAUUGUCAAGCUCAAUGAAUUCAACCAACCUAUUCGAAAAGGUGGGAAGAUCCUUGUGAGCUUCCUUGGAGAUAUUGCAAAAAAUGAUUCACUUUGUCCAGUGGGAGUCCCAAGUUGGCGUGCUGUGAACAAUCAGUUAAAAACUAAUGUUGUUACAAUGAUUCGGAAACAUUUUGUGUUACCUGAUGGACCUCUAGUUAACAAGGCACUAGUGAUGCGUAUUGACAAACCAUGGAACAAUCAUCGAUACAAAUUGAAGAGGGAUUUUUUCGAUCCAGUGAAUAAAUCUCGAGAAGAGAACUAUGCCAACGUGCCUGAUGGAGUGUCCACUAGGAGUUGGACGGAAUUGGUAGAUUAUUGGCUUUUACCAGAGGCCAUGGAAAAAUCUGAAAUGGGAAAAAAUGCUCGAGCUUUACAAGGCAAUAAGCACAACAGUGGUGCUACAAGCUUUGCUAAUCGAAGAGUUGAUAUGAAAGAGAAGAAAGGAGUGUUUAGCGAAUUGGCAUUUUUCAAAUCAGUUUACGCCAAAGAAGAUGGAAGCUUUAAAGAGGGCACACUUCCUCAUCAAUUUGUGGAGGAUGCCAACAAAAAGGUCCAAGAAAAUCUUGCGAGUUCCUCUUCUUCAAAGCCCGUAAUUGAAAUUGAGAAUGCAGUCUUUAAUGAGCUCAUGUAUAAAGGUGAAGUACCUAAACGUCCUCUGAAUUAUGGAUUUGGAGUGAAGCAAAGCGACAUCUUUGGAGUGGAAGGUUUGCUGAGGAAAGAAGGGUCAAGCUAUGUUAACAACAAUGCUAUGGAAGUGGAGAACAUGAAAGGUGAAAUAUCAGUUGUCAAGAAGCAAAAUGAGGACCUUGCGCAACAAAAUCAAGUUCUAAACACCAAGUUUGAAGAAACAACACAAUCAUUUAAAAUGAUUGCUUCUUUUUUGGGACAAGUUUUGAAGGAAGUACGCAAAGGGAAUGUUUCAUCGAACCUUUUAGAUGGUGCGGAAUCAGCAAUAAAUAUGAUUACUGAUGAUUCUGGUGGCAAUGGUGACAACCAGGCCGAGAAAUGAGACUUUGACACUAUUGCCAAAUGCAAGAUUAUUGAUGAUUCAAGUGGUAAUAGUAAAUGUAGAUCAAGAGAUGAACAAGUUAUCUUGAAGCUAAGCUAGCAUAACGAUAUGUUUACUUGUCCGUAGUCAGGAAGUUGUUUUUAUUUAGUUUUGGACUAUCUUGUAGAAAAAAUGAUAAUGCUAGUUAGAAAGUUAUUUGUUUUAAAAUAUCGCUUUUAUUUCAGUUUGACUAGACUCUGCGAAUUAAUUUAAUGUAUAGAUGAUUUUUAUCACUUUUCCUAAAUUAACUACUUAAGUAUAUAUGAAUCAUAGCAAGUUAAUA